AUGGACGAGAAAGCCGAUCUCCCUCCGUACAGCGCGUCAGAGCUGCCGCCGCCAGCCUCUGGAUCUGCGCGUAUUCGCGGUCGGCGCGCUGCAUUUCGCCGGUCCCGCGUCUUGAAGCUCUUCGGAGCCACUUGUCUGACGCUCCUGGUGGCCGGCCAAUGGACGCAGAUCUGGCGAGACGAUGCCAAGACCCCGUUGCUAUCGCUGGACAAGCUCAACGACGACCUGCAGACCUGCCAGAAGCUCAGGCACAAGCCGCAGGAUCCCAUCGGGCUGGGACGAGACAAGAACGCCAGAUGGAUUCCCGGCAGCCAGCCAACGCUCAUCAAGAACGCGACCAUCUGGAUCGGCGAGCCUGUCGAGGGCACGAGCGAGGCGGACGCCAGAGCCGGCAAAGGCUGGGAAUGGAUUCAGGGCGACGUGUUGCUCGAGCAUGGCCUGAUCACACGGGUCGAAAACCACAUCUCGUCUCAGUCGCUUCCCAAAGACACUCAGAUCUUCGAUGCCGCGGGACGCCAGCUGACGACAGGCAUCAUUGACAUGCACAGCCAUGCCGGUGUCGACUCUCUGCCGUAUCUCAGGGGCUAUGCCGAUACCAACGAAGUCUCAGACGACAUCACGCCCUGGGCACGAUCCAUUGAUGCUAUCAACCCUUUCGAUCCUCAGAUUCAAGUCAUCAAGUCUGGCGGCGUCACCACCUCCCUCAUUCUUCCCGGCUCCGGCAACAGCAUGGGUGGUGAGGCGUUCACCAUCAAGCACGCCGUUGGUCCUAACAACGGCCGCAAGGAGAUCAGCGCACAGGACUUGCUGGCCGACCCUGACCGCAAUUGGCGGUUCAUGAAGAUGGCAUGUGGCGAGAACCCCAAAAGGGUGCACGGAGGCGUUGACAAGCGGCCAUUUAGCCGCAUGGGCGAGAGCUUCAACUUUAGACAUGCCUUUGAGCAGGCUCGGGCCUUGAUCCAGCGCCAGGACGACUGGUGCGACAAGGCCGAUGCUAUUGGCGUAGAGAAUAUGGAAGAGUACUUGCCACAGGAGAUUUUCUGGGAAUCCCUUGCUGCGGCUCUGCGUGGCCAGGUCCACAUCAACACUCACUGCUAUACCAUUACGGAUCUCGAGGCCAUGGUGGAUCACACAAACGAGUUCAAGUUUCCCAUUCGAGCUUUUCACCAUGCUCACCAAACUUAUCUUGCUACUGAGAUCUUGAAACGAACCUACGGAGGUCGCCCACCCGCGUCUGCCCUGUUUGCGGACAACAUGUACUACAAGACCGAGGCCUAUAUCGCGUCUGAACAUGCUGGCAAGUACCUCUAUGAUGCCAACCUCACCACGGUGUAUGUCAGUGACAAUCCCGUCCUCAAUGCGCAGCACGUCCUCUUUGAGGCUGCCAAGGGAUACCAUUACGGACUGCCCUAUCACGCCGCUCUCUCCGCCGUCACCAGCCUUCCUGCCGAGCUGCUCGGAUUUGGAAACCGACUGGGCAAAGUGAAGCCUGGCUUCGACGCCGACGUCGUAGUUUGGGACAGCGACCCCUUGAGCGUCGGCGCUGCGCCCGUUCAGGUGUGGAUUGACGGCACUGCCCAGUUUGAGAAUCCCGUGGAGCUCCAGAAGCCUGCCAAGGGCCCCAUUGUGCCUGAUGAGGCGCUGGCCAAUAUCAUCGAAGAGCCUACUGACGUCCAAGACGUUGUCUUCCAUGGCAUUACCAAGGUUCUUUUGAAGGACAGCCAAGCUUUCGAAUCCGACGGCGAGCCUGUAGAUGUCUUUGUCUCCCAAGGCAAGAUUGUCUGCAUCGGCCCGUGCAGCCCUGAAUACGAGGCCGCCGUUAAAGCUGCCAAGGUACAUGUCGAGCUGAAGAACGGCUAUCUUACCAACUCCUUCACCGGCGUGGCUGGCACCAUUGGCUUGAACGACAUUGACGGAGAAGACGUUACGGACAACGGACCCAAUCCAGUCGCUUUCUCGCGUGCUGUCGACGGCCUGCGGUUGGACAGCAAGAAGCUCAAUGUUGCGGCCAAAUACGGCGUGACCAAGGCCAUCUCGGCACCAAAGUACUUGAGCGGCAAGUCUCACCACGGCGUCAGCGUUGGCUUCCUUACCGCCGCCAAGACGGUCGCCGAAAAGGGUGCCGUGUUUGAUUCAGACGUGGCCGUGCACUACACCCUCGACCUCAGCGCUCGCAACGUCGGCAGCUAUUCUGAACUGUUUGGCCUGCUGCGGCGCAAGCUCCUGGCGGCUGCUUCUCAGGACAAACCAGAGGAUCCCUUCUCGGAGGUGGCCUACUUGCAAAAGGUGAUUGCUGGAGAGAGCGUCUUGGCUCUGACCAUUGACAACGCCGACGCUAUCGCCACGGCGUUGAGGAUCAAGUCCGAGGUCGAAGAGGCUACAGACUCCAAGAUCAGGCUGGCCAUCCUCGGCGGGUCAGAGUCUCAUCUUGUCGCGGCAGAGCUGGCAGCCGCGAAGGUGGGAGUCAUCCUGCUUCCUCUGCAAGCACAUCCGAACAACUGGGAUCAGCGCCGCUCACUUCCCGGUGCACCACUGUCGAACGGCACGACGAUUGACUACCUGCUCGAUGCCGGCGUCACAGUGGCAAUUGGCUUGCCCGAAGACUGGUAUGUGCGCGACCUGGGCUUUGAAGCCGGUACGGCCUACCACAACGGCAACGGACGGCUGAGCGAGAAGACGGCGCUGGAUCUCGUCAGCGUCAACGUGCACAAGAUUCUAGGAGGCAAGUUGCCAGAGGCGCAGGCAAAGGGGCAUUUCAUUGUCAGCGAGGGGAGCCCUCUGGAGAUUGGAUCGCGCAUCAAGGCCGUCGGUGCGGGACGGGACAGGGUGGCUGUUUUCCAGUAG